AUAUAAGUAAAUUACGAAAGAUGAUGAUGGAUAUGUAUGUGUAUUGGACAGCAAAAUGCGAAUUCAUUUUUGAAAGGUAAAAAUGUUAUCAUUUCUUCAAAGCUGGAGAAUUUAUGAUGAUUAACCAUUUUUGUUAUUUUGUGGUUGCUUCUUAUCUUGCCUAUAUUCAAUUAUUCAUAUCAUGUAUAUGCUUCAAGGUGAAAAAGUAUAAAUCUUUAUGAAACAAUUUAUGUACAAGCAUUUCAUUAUCCUUUUAGGUCAAGAAGAAUAGGAUUUUCUAUAUAUUAAUUCUUUCUAACUCUGUCAAGUAUGAUUACAAUGAUGUUGUUAAUGACGAUGAAUGGAUGGGUCAAUAUUGCAGUAGGGGUUGGAUACACCAUUGGGUAUGGUAUUACAUAGAUCACUAAACCAAAUUCAAAAUACACUCAAGUUGAUUCGAUAUGAGAAAAUUGAUAUACAAGAGUUUAAUUUAUCAUUAUUAAGAAUAUCUAAUAUAUA